AUGGCAUCACCCUCUUGGUAUAGAAUCGCGGGCUCUUACAAGGCUGAGAGACCAGCAUUCAGAUUCACUAUUUCAAGAAUCUACCAACUCACCAUCCAAAACUUCGUAUCGCUUAUUUUUCUACCUCUGGACACAUUUAUCCUUCUGAGCGCGGCUCUAAUCAAUGGUUUCCACCUUCUCCAUCGUCACCAAAGACAUAGCCGGCAGCGACUAUUAGAAAACCCGCGAUUUUACCCAAAGACUAUUCUCAUCACCGGCAUCAAUACAACUCGAGGCCUCAAACUAGCGCGUCAGUUCCACUAUGGCGGUCAUCGAGUCAUUGGCGCUGAUGUUGGUUUAUCCUUCAUCCGCUCUGGGGGUAGCAUGUCCAACACGAUAUUCGUCUACUACUCCCUAUCCAGCAGUAAAGCUCAAUAUGUCUCCAGCCUGAUCGACAUUAUUCACCGAGAGAAAGUUGAUUUGUGGAUUCCCUACUCUGGCGACAUCGACCCCAUCGAUGAUGCGAUGGCCAAGAGCAUGAUCGAAAGUCGAACAAGCUGCAGAUGUCUCCAUCUGAAUGUUGACUAUGUGAGACUCUUUAGCCGAGAUGACUCUUUCAUACAGCAUGUGCGAGAAAGAGGGUUGCCUGUAAUUGAGAAGCACAACGUUCAGUCUCGAGACUCGAUUCAUCGAAUCUUGAAUCACUCGCCUAAUAAAGUCUACCUCAUGCACAAAUCAUCAAAAGGCGCGUUGCGGGAUGUUGUCUCUUUGCCUAAAAGGUCUACCAAUCAAACAUACUCGGAAGUGAGUAUGAUAGCUAUUUCCAAAGACAAACCCUGGGUCCUCAAACAGUUUGCGAGGCUGGGCAAUUACUGGGCCGAUCUUGUCCUCGUGCGGGGGCGUGUUGAAGCAAUGAAGAUCCGUCCCAUGCGUCCUGGAUUGUCCAUUCAUGACGAGUCGAGAAUGGAAACAGGUCUACAUAAAAGCAUCAGACGACUGAUGGAUGAGUUUGCCGGAAAAGCUGGACCGCGCAUCAGCGGACAUUUAUCGGUCAAAGUCAUGGUUGACGAAGAAAUCGCAUCCAGCUCGGUAUCCUAUACUAUAUAUAUUGGUGGCUGUCGCCAAGGAAGUAUCGCCGUUGCUGGGCUGCUGGAUGACGAUCCACCGUCGGGUUUAUAUAUCUCUUACCUGGAGUUGUUGUCUCCGGAAGUGAACGGAAUCAUUGACUCUGACAUUGAAUCACCAGUUUAUACCAGGUUCAGGCUCUCGCGGAAAUGGAUCGACUACUCGACUGCAUGGAGCCAAAUAUAUAUCCCUGUCCCGUCAGUGGUACAAUCAGUCGAGGAGCUCUGGAUAGGAAUCCGGAGAUUUCGAGAUUCGUGCAUGCACGUUUUUCCUUUUGUCGAUCGACUGGAGAAUUUUUCUAUCCUCGAUCCGCUGCCCUGGUGGUGGCAUUACCACAUCAGUCAGCCGGUGAAUGGUGCAUUCUCAUUGUUCGACAGUGUGGUUGAAAUCCAAUAG